CCUACUCCUGGUUCUCUGUGUCUUGUCCUUCAUUCUAGGGUUCCUCUCUGUUGCACUGUAUGUCAGUUGGCAGCAGGCCCGUCAUGUGAGGAAAGUGUGGACAGAGAGCAGUCCUCAAUGGACACAAGUCGGCUGUCACAAGGUGUUGGCACCCUCCGUUGAGCCACGCCCCCUCCAGUUCAACAGUCAACUCACUGGAGUGAGGAGCAUUGAUGAAGAACUAGAAAAGCUGUUGUCCCUCGGACUACAAGACCUUUUCGAGAGCUGGUAUCACACCCACGUCAGCCCCGACCCAGUGUGUUCCCAAGAAGCCCUAGAACUCGCCCAUAAACGUGAUUCAAGAAGUAGCCGCGGCUAGGUUAACUACCUAGCCUUCUUCAUAGAGACACUCAUGAAUGAUUUUAUGGAUCACCUGAGGGCGUACAAGGUGGCGUGUGGGGCUGCAUCAGUGGGUGUGGUUACAGGUCAAAGUGCAGCAAUAUGGAACGAGGCGGUGGAGACAGAGUUCUUCAAGUGUGAGAGUGGGGAGGACCCGUGGAGGGCCGUCUGCUGUGACAGGGAAGCCAGGAUAGCCUACCUGUACCGUCUCUCUGAGCUGCUGCUGUGUAUUGUGCUCCCAGAGGACGAGUUCUCUUCUCCGUCCCUCCAGGCCUUCCUCACAGAUGUGUUGGUCUGGAAGGUCUGGACACCAUUGCUCAAGACACUAGCUCUACCAGACAACAUCAACGCCACCUUCAUAUCAAUGUGCAAGGAGAGCUCUCUGAACACUGACAGUUUCAUGGCUGCUCUGAGUGAGGGGGCCAACGAGACCGAGGUACGAUCACUCAGGUACAACGUCAACUCUCACAUCUCACACCUGCAGAAGACCGGAGUCACAGGUGUGCCAAGAGUGUCCCUGCGAAUGUAUCCAGUGAUAGUCUCAUUGCCCUCUCAGCCGCCAUUGCCCGACUAUGGCAUUCUGAACGAGGGUACCACCAAGCAUUGUGUGUUUCACGUCAACGUCUCCUGCAAACACAGCCAUGUCUCUGUCACUGAGAAGUGGAUCAUUAAUCGUCGCUAUAGAGACUUCCACGACCUCCACCUCUCACUCAGGGCACAGAUUGAUAACUUCCCUGCUAAUCUCGUGCUACCCACUCUUCCCUCGUUCCACAAAUUGGACCCCCAGCGGUUGGACGUGAGACGAAUUCAGCUGGAGGGCUACCUCAAAACUAUCACCUCAGAGGAAUUCCUAUCAGAUCACCUCCACGUGUUGGGUCAGGUCAUCUUGUUCCUGUCAGAAGGAGAGUACGAGCGACAGAGCACCGAGGUAAAGAGAAUGGCGAACACUCUCCUCAACCCUCUAAAACGUGUGGCCACAUUGACCCGAGGUGCACUCAAGUCCUCUGGCCAGUCAAGUUCCAAGAUGUCUCCAGUGACAGUCAAGAAGCAGCCAUCAUCAGAGACACCCAAACCACCAGGAGAAGAGAGUUUUGGAGCCUCCAAGCCUGCUGCCAAGAAGCACUUUGAGCUCCUCUACCAAGACAAGACAGGCAAUUCAUGGGGCACCAGUAAAGAGAGCUUUGUUAAGAGGCCUAGCAAGUUCUACCCCCUAGAGAUAGACUAUGGUGGUGAUGAGGACACUGGGCAACAGCUUGGAAUUGCCCCUGGUUCAAAGUCCACACUGGCCCCUGAGAUACAAGAUCUCAUUCGAAUGAUAUUUGAUGUGGAGAGCAUGAAGAAAGCUAUGCUGGAGUUUGAGAUUGAUAUAAAGAAGAUGCCUUUGGGCAAGUUGUCACGGCGACAGAUAGAGAGUGCAUAUUCUGUCCUUUCUGAGCUACAACGAGAGAUUGUUGGGACUCAGAAUCCGAGCAAAAUCCUCGACUAUACUAACAAAUUCUACACUCUAGUACCACAUGACUUUGGCAUGACGAAACCACCCCCACUGAACUCAGAGGAGGUUAUAAAGAUAAAGACACAAAUGUUGGAUAAUCUAUUGGAGAUUGAGGUGGCCUACUCGCUACUGAAACAGGAGGAUGGUGUGAGUGGAGGGAAGGAUCCAUUGGACCUGCAUUAUGAGCAGCUCAAGACCAAGAUGGAUGUGCUGCCCAAAUUCAGCUGGAGGGCUACCUCAAAACUAUCACCUCAGAGGAAUUCCUAUCAGAUCACCUCCACGUGUUGGGUCAGGUCAUCUUGUUCCUGUCAGAAGGAGAGUACGAACGACAGAGCACCGAGCUAAAGAGAAUGGCGAACACUCUCCUCAACCCUCUAAAACGUGUGGCCACAUUGACUCGAGGUGCACUCAAGUCCUCCGGCCAGUCGAGUUCCAAGAUGUCUUCAGUGACAGUCAAGAAGCAGCCAUCAUCAGAGACCCCCAAACCACCAGGAGAAGAGAUCCGAGCAAGGUCAAGGUGAUGAUAAAGGGUGGUGCUGCAGUGGAUCCUGAUUCAGAGCUGGAGGGGUCACACCACGUACUGGAGGAGGUGUGAUCUGGAAUGCUGUACUUGGAUUGGUCGAUGUCAUAAGAGGCACUAACUCGUACUACAAGCUGCAGCUGCUCGAAGGAGACUCCAGCAAGAACUACUAUGUGUUCAGAUCAUGGGGUCGUGUGGGGACCACCAUA